UAAGCAUUUAAAAAAAUGUAUUUGCAUUUUGACAUUUCAGGUGACGUCACAACUCAGGUAGCUCUUCAGCCUGCGCUGAAGUUCAACGGAGGAGGCCAUAUCAAUCAUAGCAUUUUCUGGACAAACCUGAGCCCUAAUGGUGGCGGAGAACCCAAAGGGGAACUGCUGGAAGCCAUCAAACGUGACUUUGGUUCCUUCGCCACGUUUAAGGAGAAGUUGACCACUGUGUCUGCUGGCGUUCAAGGCUCAGGUUGGGGUUGGCUUGGUUUCAAUAAGGAACAAGGACGCUUACAGAUUGCUGCUUGUUCUAACCAGGAUCCCCUUCAAGGAACAACAGGUCUUAUUCCACUGCUGGGGAUUGACGUGUGGGAGCAUGCGUAUUACCUCCAGUAUAAAAACGUCAGGCCUGACUACCUGAAAGCUAUUUGGAAUAUAAUCAACUGGCAGAAUGUCACUGAGAGAUACAUGGCUUGCAAAAAGUAAACCGUCAGCUUUACCUCGAGUACAUAAAGCUCUUUGUGGCUGCUUUUGUGGUAGUGCAGAGUACCUCCGUGUACCUGUAAGCUGCUCUGUCGUUUCUGAAUGUAGCUUAUUCAAGUAUUUGAUAAACACAAUUUAGUGCUAUGACUCACUUCUUGUUACAAAGUUUUGUUAUUAGGCAUCCAUUUGAAGAUAUUAAAUGCUUUGUAUGAUUUAGUCUUUUGAAUGAACAUUUUCUUCAGAGAGCUAAAAUACCCAGGAGGUUAUAAAUGUCAUCAUAAAGCCAUCCAAAGAAUCACAUCCCUCCACUAUGGGGCCCCCUGUGGAAGCCUUUCUGAUCUGUUCUGCACUUAUAGAAAAUCUAGACUUUUGCCUGAGUUGUUUAAUAAUAAAAUAUUACAUUUUUUCCCAAGGGAAAUAUUUAGUUUUCUAUUGACAAUUGCUUGUUUUGUAAGUAAUCCUGUGUCUAAUAUUACUUCUGGUAGAUAUCACCCAAUGGUCUUUAAUUAUUUUUGACCACAAGUUGCACAAAGUUAACACCAUUUUGUCAUUAAAAAUUAAGAUAAUGUGA